UUUUAUUCACCCAAAAAAAAACAACAAUUGGCCUAAUUUAAUUGCCAGAGACUGAGAUUUCCCCAAAAAUCACAAUAGCUGCGAUCAAAUCUGUGUAACCGUAUAGAUUGAAUCGCGAUUCAGACAUGGCUGGCUCCCCGUAGCCGGAAGGUUGGAAUUUUGUAUUGAUUUGUUGAAUAAUUUUAGGUUUUGGGGGUUCUGUGGUUCAGGAAUUUACCGGUUAGGUUUGAUUUUGUUGCUUCUGACAUUACGAUCAUGGCGUGGUAGGUUUUUGAGUCUCUAGAGUUAUUUGUCACUUUCCACUGCGUUGUUGAAUCGCGAUUGUGUUUUUAUGUUUUUGUUGCUGACAUGAUUGAGGAGAGGCGAUAUCGAGGGGGUUAUCGGGGCCGAUCGCCUUCGCCUCGGCGCCCGCCGCCUAGGUCGCGGGAUUGGAAGCUGUCGCCGUAUCGACGGCGUGGGGUGGAUGAAUAUUCAGGGGAGGGAAGGUCGUCGCGGAGGAUUGAGGAAAGGGAUCAUUUUGAGGAUAGGGUUUCGAGAUUUUCUGAUUACGAUAGGGAUGUGUAUGAGGAUGAUGGUAGGAGAUUUCGGAGCCCUCGGAGAAUUGGGGAGAAUGUUCAUUUUGAAAGGGAUAGGGAUAUGGAUAGGGAAAGGCCUGUGGAAUUGUCUAACUAUGGAGAUGGAGCUAGAGGGGGUUAUGAUAAUGAGGUAAGUGUUGGGGGUUCUAGGAGAUCUUAUAAUGAGGAUUCAUAUCGUGGUGAUAUGAGAUCGAGGCAGUUGAAGUGGGAUGAGCCUUUGGAUGGAUCCAGGAAAUCUGAUCCUCUCAGCUGGAGGGAAUAUGGCCUCACUCGUGGAUCAAGUGGCGUUGGUGAUGUGAAUGUCUCUAGCAGUGGUGACAGAGAUUUUCAUCUGCAAAAUCAUUUCUUGGAUAGGGGUCGAGCUGGAUUGCCGGCACUGCAGUAUUUAGAUAGCACGAUGCCUGUUUCCUUGAAGUAUGAGAACAGAGGAAAUAUGCACUCUGAUUCUUCUACACUGGCUCGUGGUGGAGUGGAUGAUCUACAUGUUAGUAGUUUAAGUGGGGGUGAUGAAGAUAGAAAACGAUAUUUUCAUUUUCGGGAUGAACCUCAUUUGGAGAGAAGGGGUGGAUUAAAUGACCAAGAAGAUAAUUAUCUUGAAAAGGAAAGUGGCAGCUUGCAUUUCCAGGAUAGGUAUCAGGGAGUAGGGAAAGCAUUAGAAAGUAAAAUAUACAAAUUCAAGGAGGAAGACAAACUCCUGUCUUCUCGUGGAUACUCGAAGGGAAAUUCUGACAUUAUGGUAUCAACAUCUCAACAUAAGGACUACAAUCAUGUGCCUAUGGGCAUCUCAAGAGAGGGCUUGUCUGGUUAUUCUCCUACCAGAGACCUUCAUAUGCCAUCCUCAGAUGUUCUCGAGCGAGGGAGUAGACUGGCUCCUCAGCCAAUUCGCCUCGAUGGAUAUAGUGAUACGGAGAAGAACAUGUUACUCGCAGAACCUGGAGGUCAAUUAGAUGAUAAACGGAGCAGUUCACAUUUAUAUGUUGGGUUUCCUGAGAGUAGACAGGGAGAUUGGUCAUAUGCAGAAUUUGGUAGAAGCGAAUUAGACAGGAUAAGUGGAAGGAUCAAUGAUGUUGAAGAAGACUACAGAGACAAGCAGAUAUCGAGAAUUAAUGCCUUGAAGCGUAGGGUUGAUGCAUGUUGUCAUAAAGAACAAAUGGAAGAAGAUGAACUUUUGAACCAAUAUCCUUCUUUUCAAGUGCAAUCAACGCCUGAUGUGCCGGGAUCACUCCAUUUCAGAAGGGAAGAUGUGGAUACUUUGGGUACUGAAAGUACUCACCUCAAUUAUGGAGCAGAAGGAUAUUAUGGAUAUGGAGGUGUUAAAACAGAAAAACAUCAUGCCGAUAUAGAUGGUCAUCAGUGGUCUCAGUAUGAAAAUUCAGAUCCCUUGCAAUCAAGAGAAUAUAACCCCACCCUUGGUGGACUUUAUGAUAGCCCAAGAAAGAGGUUGUCUACGGUAGAUUUCAGUUUCGUUGAAUCCUGCGAGAGGAGCCUGAGGGACAAACACAUUAGGGAAGAGAUGGUGUACGAGCAAGAUAUUGGAAUUAGAAUAUCUGCUGAUGGAAAAGGAGCUCGUAGGAUUUACAAUAAAGUAGAUGUGGGAGAUGAAAUUGAUCAUUUAGAUUUUUCUAAGGAGCCCAUGUCAAGCAGAUCUGACUAUGAGAAAACAUGGAGAAGGUCAAGCAGGAUGCACAGUGAUGAACCAUCUUCUUCAAAUUUCCAGGCACAUCGCUCAAUUGAACCCCACAAAUCAGACUCUAGAGAUAUAAAAAAGAGGUUGGGACCCACUCAAAAACUUCAUGUUUCACAGCGGCUAAUGAAGACGUAUAAACCUUCCAUAAAGAAGCGGUUAGCACCUCCUCCGUGGAUAAAAAAUGUGAGUUCUACCACAAUAAGCAACGAGCAAAACCAUCCAGAUGGAGGUGAUCACUAUCAUGAUGGAAACCAUUCAGAAGAUCAUCUUAGUCUAGCAAAAUCCGAACCGCCUGAAAAGUCUGAGGAGUUCAAGCAGCUGAUGCAAAGCGCAUUUUUCAAAUUUCUCAAACAAAUUAAUGAGACGCCGAUAAAAAGAAAUAAAUACAUGGAGCAAGGAAGAAAAGCUGGCAUUUUAAAGUGCUUUGUAUGCGGCAGCAUUUCCAAGGAGUUUGUUGGGGCAGAUAGACUUGCAAUGCAUGCCGUCACAUCCAAGAAAGUUGGUGUGAGGUCUCAGCAUUUGGGCUUGCACAAGGCACUCUGUACACUGAUGGGAUGGAAGAUUACAGACCACCCUAGCAGUGAUUGGCGUCGUGAAGUCAUGAGUGAUGCAGAGACUCGAGUUUUGAAAGAAGAUAUCAUCAUUUGGCCACCGAUCGUUGUUGUUCACAACAGUAGCAUAGAUAACACGAGUCCCGGUGAAAGGGUUAUCAUAUCCUCUGAGAAGCUAGAUACCAAGCUCAGAGAUAUGGGUUAUAAAAGCAUUCUCAAGGUAUGCUAUGGAAAACCUGCGAAUCAGAGUGUGUUGCUGGUAAAGUUCAACGGUACACUUUCUGGAUUACGCGAGGCAGGGAGGUUGGACAAGAGCUACAUCAAAUCCAAGCACGGGAGAACCGAUUUCAAGCAACUAAAGUCCGAAUGUGGAAGUUCGCGAGGGAAAAAUGCAGUAUCUUCAGAGAGAGAGGAUGACUAUUUGUAUGGCUACCUGGGAAUUGCUGAGGAUCUGGAUAAACUCGAUUUCAAUACCAAGAAACGAUGCGUUUUGAAGAGCAAAAAGCAGAUAUUGAGCUUUGUGGAUGCACCUAUAGAUACUGGUAGAGAAACUGGCAGAUGAUAAUAAGUACUAUUGUACUAACACUAACCCAUAUUUUGAUCUGCUUUUUUUCUGCAUGUUUUGAUGACUGAUUUGUAAAUCAGAAGAUUGAACUUUUGAUUUAUAUAAAACAUAUUUCAGUUCUUGA